AUGGUCGGAGAAACGGUGCAAGGAGGUGUGUGUGGUUGGGGCUGGUCGGAGGAACGGUGCAGGGAGGUGUGUGUGGUUGCGGCUGGUCGGAAGAACGGUGCAGGGAGGUGUGUGUGGUUGUGGCUGGUCGGAGGAACGGUGCAGGUAGAUGUGUGUGGUUGCGGCUGGUCGGAGGAAAGGGAGGUGUGUGUGGUUGAGGCUGGUCGGAAGAACGGUGCAGGGAGGUGUGUGUGGUUGUGGCUGGUCGGAGGAACGGUGCAGGGAUGUGUGUGGUUGUGGCUGGUCAGAGGAAAGGUGCAGGGAGGUGUGUGUGGUUGCGGAUGGUCGGAGAAACGGUGCAGGGAGGUGUGUGUGGUUGAGGCUGGUCGGAAGAACGGUGCAGGGAUGUGUGUGGUUGUGGCUGGUCGGAGGAAAGGUGCAGGGAGGGAUGUGUGUGGUUGUGGCUGGUCGGAGGAAAGGUGCAGGGAGGUGUGUGUUGUUGCGGAUGGUCGGAGAAACGGUGCAAGGAGGUGUGUGUGGUUGGGGCUGGUCGGAGGAACGGUGCAGGGAGGUGUGUGUGGUUGCGGCUGGUCGGAGGAACAGUGCAGAGAUGUGUGUGGUUGGGGCUGGUCGGAGGAACAGUGCAGGGAUGGAUGUGUGUGGUUGGGGCUGGUCAGAGGAACGGUGCAGGGAUGUGUGUGGUUGGGGCUGGUCGGAGGAACGGUGAAGGAAUGUGUGUGUGGUUGCGGCUGGUCGGAGGAAAGGUGCAGGGAGGUGUGUGUGGUUGCGGAUGGUCGGAGAAACGGUGCAGGGAGGUGUGUGUGGUGGGGGCUGGUCGGAGGAACGGUGCAGGGAGGUGUGUGUGGUUGCGGCUGUUCGGAGGAAAGGUGCAGGGAGGUGUGUGUGGUUGCGGAUGGUCGGAGAAACGGUGCAGGGAUGUGUGUGUGGUUGGGGCUGGUCGGAGGAACGGUGCAGGUGUGUGUGGCGCCUGGUCGGAGGAACAGUGCAGGGAUGUGUGUGUGGUUGGGGUUGGUCGGAGGAAUGGUGCAGGGAGGUUUGUGUGGUUGCGGCUGGUCGGAGGAACAGUGCAGGGAUGUGUGUGUGGUUGGGGUUGGUCGGAGGAAUGGUGCAGGGAGGUUUGUGUGGUUGCGGCUGGUCGGAGGAACGGUGCAGGUAGGUGUGUGUGGCGCCUGGUCGGAGGAACAGUGCAGGGAUGUGUGUGUGGUUGGGGUUGGUCGGAGGAAUGGUGCAGGGAGGUUUGUGUGGUUGCGGCUGGUCGGAGGAACAGGGUCGAGGAAGCAGGCGGGCUACCAGAGGUAA